AGUGAUCCUGGAGACUGCCCAGUCAUCAUGGCUCAUGCUACUGUCCAUGUGGGUUGUACUGUUCCUCAGUUACUGAGAAGUGCUAGCAGAAUUUUUCCCUCUCAUUCUGCACUGGGGGUGUUGAGGCACUCUGCUCUUUGUUACUGCACAGUGAAUGGCACAAUAAAAUCAAAAAGGAAAAUGGAUCAUCUAGAGAGGACAGCAAAUAAUUUUCGCCAGGAGGUAAUUACACAAGCAAAAGUGUGUGGAAUCACCAAUGAAUCGGAGACAGUCAAAAGACUUCGUUUGGCUGUUGCAGACAAGGAUUUUACUUUCAAAGCAGGACAGUGGGUUGAUUUCUUUAUUCCUGGAGUAUCUAUAGUUGGGGGAUUCUCAAUAUGUUCAAGCCCUGGCCUGUUGGAGCGAGAAGGAAUACUAGAGCUGGCAGUAAAGCACAAUGUUCAUCCUCCUGCUCACUGGAUUCACACCAAGUGUACUCUUGACUCAGAAGUGGCUCUGCGAGUGGGAGGUGAUUUCUUCUUUGAUCCUCAGCCUGGUGACUCCCCAGUAAACCUAGUGCUGAUAGCAGGGGGUGUUGGAAUUAACCCAUUGUUUUCUAUACUGCUGCAUAUAGCAGAUCUUCAUGCAUACCAUGAAGAAGGUAAAGGAAAAGGACACAAAAUUUUAACAGCGAAGCUGUACUACAGUGCAAAAAAUACAACUGAGCUCUUAUUUAAGAAAAACAUUCUUGGUUUGAUGAAUGCAUUUCCUGGAAAGAUCACGUGUUGUUUCCACCUCACCCAACAGCAGUCACAGAUCUGUAAAGAGCUUCAGCCACAUGUCAGAGAAGGAAGAAUAUCUGAAAAGGAUCUAGAAAAACAUAUAUCUGACAAUACUUUAUGGUACAUCUGUGGUCCACCUCCAAUGACAGAAUCUAUAUCCAAACUGUUAUCUAACAUGGGUGUGCCUAGAAACUGUGUUUUCUUUGAGAAAUGGUGGAAGUGACAUCUGCUGAACAGAAGAUACAUUAUUUUCUUCCAGUGCAUUUUGAUGAGCUAAAAUGUACACAAAUGGA